AUGGAUCACACGCCCUCCUCAGAUGGCGACGUCAGCUCUACGGGAGCCGCCUAUCCUUGGGUCUUGGAGCAUUUGCUGGCAUAUCCGGGCACUUAUGAAAUCCCAUUGCGAACCAUGUACACACUCAACGCCACGACCCACAACCAACAACAGUCUCCGAAAUUCCCUCCGUCGAGUGCCGUCCCCGGAAAUGCCUUCCCUCGACCAAAUCAAGAGGCUGUUGACGAGCAACGAGCCAUGAGUACCGCUACCGCAGCCGCUCAAUUACGAGCAAAUCUCAUGGCCCACAUCUCACAGCAACCUUCGCAACCAACCUCGCUGCCUCCGAGCUUUAUAACAAGUUUUGUCCGACGCUGUUUCCCGCCCGAGCUUGAGCAAGUUGACUUUCCCCAGGCAUUGACCGCAAUGGAUUACCUCAAGGACCUGGAAAUCCGACGCAGACGAGAGGUGGUCGCCGCCUUUGAAAAACUCGGUAUAGACCGAGCAGAUUUCGGCUAUCGAGACAAAUUGGCACGCAAAUACCCCGGUGUGUUGAAAUGGGCCACGGAUAUCGAGGAGAGAGAGCGCAAGGUCCAACAAUUGUACACCCAUGUUUACCUUGGCCUGAGACGGUGGACACUGAUUAACGAGCUUUCUCUGACUCCUUUCAACAAGGCCAAUUGCAUUGCGAUGCUAAACACCCUUUAUCCCCCUAUCAACAUUCGGUCAAAGCAGCAGUUCGUGCCGCCUACGGCGCAUCUGACUCCGGAGAUUCUUUCCAACCAACGCGAACGGUUUUUCCUGUACAUCAAAGGUGUGGAACGGAAAGGACCGGAGGUUCUGUCAACGCUUAUGGCCAACAGCCAAAGAGGAGACGACCCCACUGGAUGGAAAAGUCUGCGGGAGACGCUGGACAACUACCUGCGCAUGGCGAACAGUAUCAUCGAAGAAUGCUAUGAAAUUACCGGUCGCGGUCAUUCUCCCACUACAGCAUCCUUCGGUUUUGCAGACUCUGGAGAGGAGGGCCGACGAAAGGUAGACUCCGCAAUUUCAUUCGGUUCUGCGGCUUCGUCCAACCGCAACUCUGGUCAAAGCCACGCCACAAGGCCCAGUACCAGCAGUAGCUUCAGCACGAACAGCUUCAAUCAUGGCCGGCAAGUGUCAAGGGACAAACAAUUGCCGGAGAAGCCACUUCCUCUUCCGAAAGACGACGAUAUCACGGUGAUUCGGAAGUCAUCUGGGUCCACCUUGGAGCGUAUUGCACGAGAGCUCCGGAAAAUGAAGAGCCGAAGUAAUAUCAAAGACGAGCCGCGUCCUCAGGCUGCCUUCCAUAAGUCGGCUGAUACGACAAUGAUGGAUACCGCAGGGCAACCUCUACCAACCCCGGCGAAGGACCGCAGCUUGAAGAUCAAACGAAGCCUCCGAAGGAUGAGGUCGAACACUGGUCUUUUGGAUGGCGGCAGCUUCCGCCCACCCAGUCGUGGUGAUGACACAAUCACUCAGGCAAUACCUACGUUUGAUGCAGAGGAGAUGAAAAGAAAGCGACAGGAGUGGGAGUCUCAACAAAAGGCGCAGAGUAGAGUUACUGAUGUGGAGAUGACUACAUGA